GAUGAGACGACAUCCACACCUCCUCCGUCGCGAUGCCGUCGGCAUUCUCAUGCACGCACCAACUGCCGGCAAUGCAAGCCACCCGAGAGGAUGGGGAAUGUGGGAAAUACCUCAUGGAGAUCUGGGACUCGAUCCGCAGGGCCAAGGUGCCAUAAGGCAAUGCUGAAACUGCAACUGCAAGGCGAGAGCAGCAUUUGAGGCUGCUUACGCGGCAGGAAAAGGGUGGAUAUAAACAGCAGUGGCGAUAGUGUCUCUGCAUGAGGAACUACACUCGACAUUUAUAAUUUUGCACGCGUCGGUGUCGUGCACGACUUCUUCGAUUUCUUGUGGCUUGACAACCUUUAGCAGCCACCCAUUGCUACUCUUAAUCCACCCCUCCUACGAUCCGGUAUCCGUAGACGGUUUAUCCUUCUUGCCACAUGCUUCGAAAACCUUCAAUUUCUUCCCUCUUUGCGCUGGCCGCAACAGUACUCGUAGAUCUUGCUGCAUCGCAGCCAGCGCCGGGAAUUGCGCUCCAAGCGGACUCCAACACAUUGGAAGUAAUCUACGGCUCCAACACUGUUGAUCCAGCAGGUGAACUGAUGCCGCGGUCUGACCUCCUCAGUCCCCCAACCUUCCGCCUCCCCAGCCUCCCCAACUCCCCACCCGGCCCCUUCAUCCUCCUAAUGCUCGACUCCGACGUCCCCCGAAACAACAGCCGCGUGCCCCUCCUGCACUGGCUCUCCUCCAACGUCACCCUCUCAACCACCCCCUCAAACUCCAACCCGGCCUCCCUCCGUCUACCCCCCGAAUCACAGCAAGAAGCGCCCUACCGCCCCCCAAAUCCACCCGUAGGCGACUCCCCCCACGCCUACACCUUCCUGCUCUAUGCGUCCCCGGCCUCUGGAUUCUCCCUGCCAGCCAGCGUCAACUUCUCGGAUAUCCAGCAGCGGGUUUUUAGCAGCGAAGACGCGCUCGUUAGGUUCCUGGGGAGUGCUGGGAUCGAGGGUGCGGCGGUGGCGGCGAAUUAUAUGCAGGUGCGGAAUUUGAGUGUGAGUGCGACGGGGACGACGACGUUUCCGCCGCCGAGGGCUACGGGGGCGGCGGGAAAUGGGACUACUGGCGAUGAGAGUGGGAAUGGGGGGAAUAGGAGUGUGGAGUUUGAGGGGUCUGCGGGGAGGAGGGCGGUGGUGCUGGGGAUUGGGGGAGAAGGGGCGUUUUGGAUGGGUGUGGUUGGGAUGGCGGUUGCGGUGGGGAUGGCGGCUGUAAUGUUGUAGUGCAGGUGUGUGUGGUGAAGUUGUAGGUGUACCUAGGGUAGAUAUACAGUUAGUCCUGCUCAGGUUGACGGAGGAAAGCGUCGCUAUGCGUAGCAGAUAUGGAAUCCUCGACUACGUAUCUAGAAGUGUGAAUGGCUAGCGAGGUUGGUUAAGAGAAUUGUAUAGUGUGACUAUAACAUCUCGCAGUUUUGGAAUAGCACACUUCUUGUU